AUGUCACAAUAUCUUCUUGCAGCACUGAAAAGGGCAUCGCCCAGUCUCGUGGGUGCCACAGCAAGAAAAUGCAGAUGGGUAUCGUCAUCGUCGUCACCGUCAUCAAUAUCAUCGUCCCGCAAGCCUGCGUUUCCAACCAUUGAAUCAUGCCCUCCGCCAACAUGUUCUUGCCAACCAACACCGAACAUGGCAGAGGGGUUUGAGAUUGAUCACGGGACGAAGCUCAAUGGCCUUAUGCCGGCGUAUCAGCAGCACGUGCUGGUCUGCACUGGUAAGGACGACUGGGCGUCCAAGAUUGAGGAUGAAGACGGCGGCGACAAUCUAGCGGCCGAUCUGCGAGGCUUCUUUGGUCGCGGUGGGAGUCUGAGCGAUCCUUAUCAUAACGUUUCCGUGCUCAACGCAUCUUUCCCGUCGUCUGGGAGGGCGGGAACAUCCGUUUUCCUGCUGCCCGACUUCAAGCUUGUGCCAUCAGUAGAGAGGGGUUCCUCAUCUGAGCAGCUCGAGGGUCUGGCAAAGGGGUACCUGCUGCCGGAGAAGCUUCACAAUGCACAUGAUGCAAUGUCCGCAGAACACCGUGAGAAGCUCGUUCGGAAACCAGAGCUCCAGAGGCUUGUCGGGGAUGUUCGAGAUUUCGAUGAGAUCCUUGUGCUCAUUUGUGGCCAUGGAGGUCGGGACCAGCGUUGCGGUAUCUACGGCCCACUUCUGAGGACCGAGUUCGAGAGAGCUCUGUCACAACUUGGUGUCGAUGUGCUUACCGGUCCAGUGGAUAGAGUGAGUCAUGACGGUGUUAACAAGAAGCCAUCGUCAAGGGUCGGACUGAUCAGUCACAUUGGCGGCCACAAGUUUGCUGGCAAUGUGAUCAUCUACCUUCCACCUAGCUUGCAAACUGAGGAGGGACUGCCGCAUCCGCUAGCAGGUCAUGGUAUCUGGUAUGGAAGAGUUGAGCCUAGGCAUGUGGAGGGAAUCAUCCGGGAGACGGUUAGGAAGGGUAACUCCCGCUCAUAUUCAUCCUCCGGUAUACCCUCAAACCCUGACAAGGAGGCCCAGCCAAAUGAUGAUGCAGAUGCAACAUCACCGAACCAACCACCCGUGGAAACCAAGGCCGCUGCUGAGCGAACUGCAAACUCACAACCACCUCCUACUCCUCCACCACCAGAAGUGGAACCCAUCUCAUGGCUGCAGAUAGUACUGGCCACGUUGGGCGUAGGCGGCACCCUCACCUGUUUCUACUACUGGGCAAAGCAGCAAUGCGGACCACUGUCCAUACCCCAGUACCUCUUCACGGGCAGGGAGCUUAAUACGACGACAUUUGUCCCCUUCACCGUCGUGUCCAAGGAGCCCCUGACCGACAACAGUUUCAUCAUCACCCUCCGCCCUCGCCGCCGGCACGUCCGCACCGUCGCCUCGCCCUGGCGCGGCCCGACUCUGGCCUGGCUGGCAUCCCUGUCUCCCUGGCGCGGCGCCGGCGAGGGCCGGCUCUUCGAUCUGCAGCUGCGCGAGCACAGCCACUUUGACGUCUACGAGCGCGCCUGGCGCCACGGCCUCUGGGCCGUCGAGGUGAAGCAGCCGCAGCUGCAGAUCGUGCGCGAGUACACGCCGCUGCCGCCCCACUGGGCAGACGCUGAGGACCAGCGCGAGGCCCAGCGCGCCGCCGGCGAGAUCAGGCUCUACGUCCGCAACGUCGGCGAGGUUUCCAACUACCUGGCCCGCAAGCGGCCCGGAUCCAUCGUGGAGCUGCGCGGGCCGUAUCUGGGCUUCGACGUCGCCGAGCGCCUCGGCGAUGCUGCCGACAAGCAGGUAGUCUUCCUGGCAGGCGGCACGGGCAUCGCGCCCGCCAUGCAGGUCGCUCACAGGUUGCUGGACGGGGAUGAAUAUGCCGACAAGGACAAACCUUUCGCGAAGCCCGAGGUGCAGAUAACCUGGGCGAACCGCCUCAAGGCCGACACGGCACAGACGUCUUCCAUCAUGCGCCAGCUCGCCGGCAUGAGGCAGCGGCACGGGAAGAAGCUGGGCCUGCAGUGCGUGGUGGACGAGGAGAAGAAGUUCAUCGACGAGGGCAUCGUAGGCAAGGCCAUCUCUGCGAGGAAGCCGGGGCCGCCUCAGGAUGGCGAGGCAUGCCCCUAUCACUCCAGCCUGUUGCUCCAGCACACGACGACCGACUCGCCGGUUGGUGAGGGCCCUGGUUGUCGGUGCGAGGGCCCAUCCAAAGGUCGGAACCUGUUGUUCGUCUCCGGGCCUGACGGUUUCAUCAACCAUUUGGCUGGAGAGAAGCUCUGGCGUGAUGGCAUGCUGCUGCAGGGUCCGGUCGGUGGGUUGUUGGCAAAAAUAAAGAACAAAUACCCGGACCAGUUCAAAGACUGGCUCGUUCUGAAGCUGUAA